AUGGAGCUACCAGUGACAGAGCAGGGAAACCGGUACGUGAUCGUGUUCCAAGACUUUCUGACGAAGUGGCCGCUAGUCUUCCCGGCUCCAGACCAGAAGGCUAUUAGGAUCGCUCGUCUCGUUGCUGAGGAAAUCGUACCGCUGUUUGGUGUCCCGGACACCUUGCUGUCUGACCGUGAAGCCAAUCUUCUGGCGCAUGUUAUGAAAGAUGUCUGUGAGCUCCUCGGAGUGAAGAAACUCAACACCACUGCGUACAACCUCCAGUGCGACGGUAUGGUCGAACGUCUGAAUCGUACCCUCAAGACCUAG